UUGCGGCCAUCUUGUUUAUUUUUCCGCGAGAUUUGAGAGUUGUGUGUGUGAUGAUUUCUGGAUUUGUUGAGUUAGCGAUUUUCGGGAACAGAGAGCAGGCCUGAGCUCUGACAUCAUGCCGGAAAUUAAAAUCCAACAUGUCGUAUCUUCCAGUUCUGAAGACAAGAACCACCCCGCUGAGAACCUGCUGAAACCAGAGGGGACGUUCAAGUGGAAGUGUGCCGGCCCGGGGGCGAAGUCCGCUGUGGUGGUGUUGCAGUUGGACCGAGCAUCCCAGAUCAGCAGCAUCGACAUCGGCAACGAGGGCUCGGGCUUUGUGGAGGUGUUGGUGGGGAAGUCCACUGCUGCAGCUGACACCGACUAUCAGGUGAUCCUGGUGGCAUCGUCAUUCAUGACCCCCUUGGAGAGCCGCAAUGGCACGAACAGGAACAGCGUCCGUAUGUUCGGACUGGACACACUCUCCAGGGCAGUCACAGACAAGAAGUGGGAUCGAGUGAAGAUAGUGUGUACUCAGCCCUUCUGUAAGACUUCAUCCUAUGGAUUGUCCUUCAUCAAGCUCCAUGCUCCAGCCGAAGGGAAGGAAGCAGAGAAGACUCCCACACAGAAGACACUUGGUGCCUUCAAACUGAAGACAGCCGAGGGCGGUGACAUGAAAGUGGGGGCGCUGUUUGCCAAGAGGAAUGAAACAGUGGAACAACCUCACCUUAAAGGUGCUGCAGCGGCAAGAGCAGCUUCCAAGAUGGCCGAUGAGAUGCGGACGUCGAGUAGUGACGUCAAGAGAGAAGAGAAGAUCCACACACCUCCACCAGCUAAAUCUAGUCCGGCAAAGCGCAAGCAUGAUGUGAGCAGUGACGAGGAAGUGCCGGUCAUGCCGGUGAAGACGCCGCUCAGGAAGCAGUCCAGCAGUCUUACCUCAACCAUCUCCUCCUCCUCUCGAGAUGAGGCUGCCCCGCCCCUCAAGAGAACUAAAUCGGAGCCCCCCAAGGCAUCGCCGGCCAAGGCAUUCCACAAGGUGAUGGAGAAGGUUGUGUUUGUGAUGAGCGGCUACCAGAACCCCUACCGUGGGGAACUGAGAGAGAAGGCCUUGGAGAUGGGGGCCAAGUACCGACCUGACUGGGGGCGGGGAUGUACACAUCUCAUAUGUGCGUUUGACAACACCCCCAAGUACCAGCAGGUGGAGGGGCGUGGCCGGAUUGUCAACAAGCAGUGGAUCGUGGACAGCUACAAGCAGAAGAAGCUCUUGCCCUGGAGGAAAUACAGAGUUGGAGAUGCUGACACCCCAGACGAAAGUUCUGAUGAGGAUGAGGCCAGUGCUCUACCGCCACACAACCCGGCCCGACAAGGCAGCUCCAGCAAGAAGCCAGUGACGCCUAAGUCUCCUCCCAGGAAGAAGUCAACCAAGAUGGACGUAGACGACAUGUAUGGAGGAGACACCGACUCAGGCGAGGACACAGACGAUGAAAUACGGAGGGCCAAGGAGAAGGUAGCGAGACACGAGGCUGCCGUUGCCAAGUCUCCAGGGAGGAAGUGUGAUGUUGACCCCUACUGUGGCUCCACAGAUGAAGAUGAUGACACGCCCCCAGGAACUGUUGCCAGGGACGAUGGUGAUGACAGUGCAGACUCAGGAUUGCCUGACCUCCCGGACUUCUUGUCAGACAAACACUUCUUCCUGUACGGAGAGAUACCCGCCCCCGAGAGACGGCUCCUUGGCCGCUACAUCGCUGCAUAUGACGGAUGUCUUGAGGAAUACAUGUCGAACACAGUCAAGUACGUGGUCACCGCUGCUAAGUGGGAUGACAAUUUUAAUGAGGCUCUCAGUGAAAACCCGAAUCUGGUCUUUGUGAAGCCGCAGUGGCUUCAUAUGUGUCAUGACAAGGGUAAACUGAUGCCCUACCAGCCCUACAUCGUUGUACCAACGUGAUUUCCUACCAGCCCUACAUCGUUGUACCAACGUGAUUUCCUACCAGCCCUACAUCGUUGUACCAACGUGAUUUCCUACCAGCCCUACAUCGUUGUACAGACGUGAUUUCCUACCAGCCCUACAUCGUUGUACCAACGUGAUUUCCUACCAGCCCUACAUCGUUGUACCGACGCGAUGCCCUACCAGCCCUACAUCGUUGUACAGACGUGAUUUCCUACAAGCCCUACAUCGUCGUACCUACGUGAUCUCCUACCAGCGCUACAUUGUCGUACCUACGUGAUUUUCUACCAGCCCUACAUCGUCGUACCUACGUGAUUUCCUACCAGCCCUACAUCGUCGUACCUACGUGAUCUCCUACCAGCGCUACAUUGUCGUACCUACGUGAUCUCCUACCAGCCCUACAUUGUCGUAACUAAAUGAUUCAUCGCUACAUUUUCGUAACUAAAUGAGUCAUCCCUACAUUGUCGUAACUAAAUGAGUCAUCGCUACAUUGUCGUAACUAGCUGAGUCAUCGCUCCAUUGUCAUAACUAAAUGAAUCAUCGCUACAUUGUCAUGCCAAAGUGAGGCUCCACUAGCCCCUCAGCAUCAUACCUGCGUGAGUCAUCGCUACAUUGUCAGUGUUCGCGGUAGGUUUUUGUACAGUGUGUGUAGAAAUGAAACAAUAAAUUUUCAAUUCAAAUAU